CCGAGCCGGGCUGCGGGGCCGGGGCCGCGGCCGUGCCAGCGCCGUCCCUGCGCCCUUCCCUGCCGGCCCUGGCUCUGCCCUGCCGCCGGGGCCGGGCUGCCCUUCCGCGGGGCUCGGGAACCUGGCGGAUUUCCCGGCGGCUGCAGGGCGUUCCCAGGAGCUGAUGGAUUUGUGGUAGCUGGCUCUGGAGGGGCUGGAAGGAGCAUGGUUAAACACCAACCCCUGCAGUACUACGAGCCCCAGCUAUGUCUGUCCUGUCUGACCGGGAUCUACGGCUGCCGCUGGAAACGGUACCAGCGGUCACAUGAUGACACCACCAAGUGGGAGCGCCUCUGGUUCCUCAUCCUCACCUCAUCCUUCUUCCUCACCCUGGUCUGGUUUUACUUCUGGUGGGAAGUUCACAAUGACUACAAUGAAAUCAACUGGUUUUUAUAUAACCGAAUGGGAUAUUGGAGUGACUGGUCCAUUCCAAUCCUUGUAACAACUGCUGCUGGCUUUACCUACAUUACAAUGUUACUGAUCCUGGCACUGUGUCACAUAGCUGUGGGACAGCAGAUGAACCUGCACUGGCUGCACAAGAUUGGCCUGGUGACAACCUUGAUAACUACUGUGGUGACCAUGUCAUCGAUAGCACAGCUUUGGGAUGACGAGUGGGAGAUGGUAUUUAUUUCACUGCAGGCCACAGCCCCUUUCUUGCAUAUAGGAGCCCUGGCAGCUGUCACAGCACUGUCGUGGUUGGUGGCAGGGCAGUUUGCACGGACAGAGAAAGCCACCUCGCAGAUGCUGAUGUUCACUGCGUACCUGGCGGUUGUAGUUGCACUUUACCUCGUCCCCCUGGCCAUCUCCUCCCCCUGCAUCAUGGAGAAGAAGGCCCUGGCACCCAAGCCAGCCAUCCUGGGGCACCGUGGGGCACCCAUGCUGGCACCAGAGAACACUCUGAUGUCCUUCCAGAAGGCAGUGGAGCAGAAGGUGUAUGGAGUGCAGGCUGAUGUGGUAUUGAGCUAUGAUGGGGUGCCCUUUCUGAUGCAUGACAAGACUCUCAGGAGAACAACCAACGUGGAGGAGGUGUUUCCAGAGCGGGCCUACGAGCACUCCUCCAUGUUCAACUGGACUGACCUGCAAAAGCUCAACGCUGGGGAGUGGUUCCUGCAGAACGACCCUUUCUGGACAGCGGGGUCUCUCUCAAGGGCUGACUACUUGGAGGCUGCCAACCAGUCAGUCUGCAAGCUGGAAGAUAUGCUGGAGGUGAUCAAGGACAACACAUCCCUCAUCCUGAACUUCCAGGACCUGCCAGCAGCUCAUCCCUACUACAGCACUUACAUCAACAUCACCCUGGAAACCAUCCUGGCAUCGGGGAUUCGGCAGCAGGCUGUGAUGUGGCUGCCAGACAUGGAGAGGCAGCUGGUCAGGCAGGUUGCUCCUGGUUUCCAGCAGACUUCUGGCCUCAAGCUGGACGCAGAGCGCCUGAGGGAGAAGGGCAUCGUGAAGCUCAACCUGCGGUACACCAAGGUCACCAACGAGGAUGUCAGGGACUACGCCAUGGCCAACCUGAGUGUGAACCUGUACACGGUGAACGAGCCCUGGCUGUUCUCCAUCCUCUGGUGCGCCGGCGUCCCCUCGGUCACCUCCGACAGCUCCCACCUCCUCCGCAAGGUGCCUUUCCCCAUCUGGCUCAUGCCUCCAGACGAGUACCACCUAAUCUGGAUCACGUCUGAUCUCAUUUCAUUUCUUGUAAUUGUAGGAGUUUUUAUAUUCCAGAACUAUCACAUGAUCAGGUGGCGCCUGGGGAGCAUCAGGACCUACAACCCGGAGCAGAUCAUGCUCAGCGCUGCCGUCCGCCGCUCCAGCCAGGACGUCAAGAUCAUGAAGGAGAAGCUGAUCUUCUCAGGGUCUGGAGAUGCCCAGCAGGGAUCAGGGUUUAGUGCUCUGGGCACAGACAGAGCAAAAAGGCAACUUUGCUUACUGUGUGAAAUGCCAGCCAGAGGUGGUGAAAAUCAGAGAUCAACAGCGGCGUGGAGCCCGCGGACGAGCUGUCCUUCUGCUCCGAGAACGGCUAUGCCAACGAGAUGGUGACGCCCACGGAUCCGCGGGGCGCCAAACUCCGGCUCAGCUGAGCGCUCCUGCUUCCCGGGGCAUGGCAGCCUCUGAGGAACUGCUGCUGGGGCAGAAACCCGCUCCCACUCCCCACCACUGGCUGCUCCACCUCCCUGCUUGUGAGGCUGGGGGGCUUGUUUUUUGUAAAUAUGUAGAAAAUCUGAAUUUUUUUUUUUUUUUUUUUUUUUUUUUUUUUUUUUUUUUCCUUGAGUGUAAUUUUUCCAGGGCAUGAGUGAAAAUACUGUGUUCAUUAAAUCCUCAACCUUAUGGCUGAAGUUCUUUGAAUCUUGAUGUGAGAGCCUGAGUCCCCUUGGGGGGGGUUUUGGGAGCAACACGUUGGACCUGUGUCCCAUUUCUCCCCCUUUCCCUAAUCCAGUCCUUCCCCUGGUGCAGCGACUGUGUAGCUGAAUGUUGUGAUGUUCUUGUGAAGUGCUGAUUUUGUUACGGUUUCUUUUGUUUCCCCCCCCCCCCCCCCCCCCCCCGUUCCCCUUUUCCUGGGCAGUGAAAUUGUAGCUCUGAUGCAACAGGAGAAGAGAAGCUUGCCUAGGAGAGGAAUUCUCACUGCCCUUCCCUACUGAAGUUCAGAGCCAGGGAAGGACUUGCACUGGCUCAGUCACUUGGGCACUGCUCCUUGUCCCAUCCUCCUUCCCCAGAGCCUGGAUGCUCCAUGGGGAAUGGCCUUCUUGGAAUGUCCUGCCAGAGUUUUGAAGACAUUCUGAGCAUUGGCUGUAGAUUGGUCUCUGCUGGCAGCAGUUCUUGAUUUCUAUUUUUUUUCUUCCCCUUUUUUCUCUCUUCUCCCCAAGCUGGGCUCUGCUGGGAGCCCGGGUGGCUUGUGACAAGCAAUGCCAUGGGCACCAUCACUGCUGGGAUCUGGCUGAAGUGCCUGCCACUCCAAGUGGCAUUUGCAGUCACUCCUUGCUUCCCUUCUGGAAGAGGAGGUGAUGGUGCAGUGGGAGUUUCCCCCUCUGUGGGCCCAGGAGGUGCCCGUGGGUGAAGAAGUUGUAAAUAGUCUGGAAAGUGAAGCAGCCCUGGGAUUUAAUUUAUUCCUGCAAGGAGACCUUUGCUCCUUGCAGUAAAAGCAGGAUCUUCAAAAGCUGCACAUUUGUGUCCUCCAAAGGAGUGAUGGUCUUGCAGCAGAUGCUGACGGGCUCUGAGGGCAGAGGCUCCCAUCAGCAAGCUUCCAAUGCAAAAGUUUUAACCCAAAAUCUCAGACCAGAGGUUAAAAGUAAAAAAAAAAAAAAAAAAAAAAAGGUAAAAAAUAAAAAAAUAGAGGAGAAGGCAGUCUUGGGGAUGCUGAUAUACAUCACAUUCCACACCCAAAGCCACGAGAGAAACAGCCCUGAGCAGUUUCUUCUUGUUUUGGAACUGCUCUGUCCUUUCAAGCUGAAAUCCAGUGGCAUUUUGAAACCCUGACGUUUGGGCUUAGUGUCUUAAGAGUUGAGGGCAAAAGUGGCCAACUUAACUAUGUGGAAAAAAACCACGUCGCUAAUGACAACGUGAAUUUUGAUGCUUUCAAAAGCACCACCUAAAAUCAAGACUAUUCCUUUGCAUCUCCCCGGGGUUUUUAUGAGUGUAAGUGGAAUAAGUCCCUCCCUCUUACCUUCCCCAGAUACUGUCCUUCUCCAUGGUACUCUCAAGUCCGUGAAAUACGUGUCUUGUUCUGCAGAACUGCAAGAUUUUGGUGGAUUUGAAGGUAUUUUGAGAACUAAGUUACUUCUCCCUUUGACGUGGUGCUGUAUUGAACCAUUCCUGGUGGAUUGUCGUGGCCAAGGGAGAGAUGUUGUUAAACCUCAGCAUCUGUUGGUGAUCACCUGCAUGUUCUGUUUCUAUCCUUGGAGAACACUUUAUUGAAAGGUUAAGUGCUUAAAAGCUUGGAAGUGAUAAAAACAAACCAACAAAGAGUUGUUUUCACAAUUAACUUUUUUUUUUUUUUUAUUUAAACAAGACUCAAAUUUCAUGCCUAAUGCACUGACUGUUAUUGUCCUGAAUAUUUACUACCUUUUUUUUUUUUUUUUUGGAAAAAAAGCAGAGGAUGAUACUUUUUUGAUGAAACUAGAGCUAGAUCAAAAUAAACUCUGCAAUGCUCUGUGAAAUAAACUGUCAGUAUUCCCCUGCCA